GUUGGGUGUGUGUAAAUAAAUAAAUAACCGAGUCAAGAGCAAAGAGCCUAUUAUGCAAGUGCCACUGGUAGAAUUCAGAUGUGUGUGAGAACUAAAAGAUGAAGGUGUUACUGUACGUGUGUUUCAUCUUAUUUGUUACUGAUGGGGCAAUUGGACAGACGACAAACUCUGUCUGUGAGAAUAUUGCUGACUUUAAUGAAUGCGACUCCAACAAUGAGUGUGAUGGCACAAAAAGCAAAUGUAUCUGUUUCGAUAAACAACCAUUCUGUCGGUGCAACAGUAAAAAAGGUGAGUUUUACAUUGAUGAAAACUGUUCUCAGAGAUGGACAGUAACGACCUUUGCCCUGGUGGCAUCUCUGCCUGGUCUCACACUUGCUGUGUUGGUGGGGGUGAUUGUUUACGUGCUGAUGCUGUCAUCCGAAAAGAGCCACACAGGUGAAGAAAUGAAGAGACACAAGACAGCUUCUAAAGAGCAGGACUUGUUCCCUGGAAUUACUUUUGCUUCUGAUAUGAAUGGUCGACCUCCCCCUAACAUGAGACCUGUACAACAAGAUCACAUUCCCAUGACAGCCAAUUCCAACCGGCCCUAUAGUCCAUCCAGUAGUGUGUAUCAAUCUGUUGUCAAGACUGAUGGAAGACCCCGUGAGACAAACAGGAUGUACAAUGGUAUGCAUGAUCCUCCAAUGGGAGGUCCUGUACAGCCCUACAGCACUGGUGCAGGUCGGGGUCAGAUUGUUAGCAACCCUUAUGCUAGAGAUUCAUCCAGCCAAAACCCCUAUGAAGACCACCAGAAUUACAGACCACAAGCCCCUUCACACACAUAUGAAGACCUGACACAGAAUCGGCCUUCUCGUGCUCCACUCAACAGUUCCUCUGAGCAUGGAAACCUCCGCAAUGGAUUUCCACGUCCACAAUUAAACCUACAAUACUAAAACUUUUUUUUUUCUUUACAUCUUCUGAUCUUUAUUGGAACUGAUCAAUUUUGUCAUUAUUUGUUGAGUUAAAUGCAUUCUGUAGCUCUUAAAUAUUAAUUAUUUACGUUAACGUUUAUUCAUUUAGGAGACACUUUUAUCCAAUGUGACUAACAAAUGAAAAAUACAACAUACGAUUCAUCUCAAGAUUCAAACAUUGUCUAGAAUAGUACAUGCUAGAACAGGGAGGGAUUAAGAAAUAGUGAAAGCAUAGAAAUGUUUAGUUGUCUGAUAAUAAAACAAGUGUCGCCAACGUGUGCUCUUUACUCUGUUUAGUAUAAUACUAAUAGUAUUUAUGUUUACAUGUCCUGUAAAAUAAGUUUUAGAUAUACAGCGGGGUGCAAAAGCCCUAGACUUUCAGUUAAACCUGAAAAUAGUUUUAGGAUUUUGAACAUGAAAAAAAAAAAAAAAAAAAAAGUUAUAUAAUAAACACUGUACCACACAGGAUGUUGAACAGGAAGAGAUCCUGGGGAAUUUACUGAACCGGAAUUUAAAAAAAAAAAAAAUUGUCUCAAGCAAACGUUCUUUUUAUGGUAUUUAGCUUUAAAACAUUGAUCACUACAUGUUUAUGGUUAAUACGUUUAAAAAAAAUGAUAAGUAUUACUAAAAAGUUUUAUACUUUCCUACAUUCAAAUACAGAUUGCAGUUCUGCAUCCUGUUUGCUACCAAAUUAAAAUGUAAGUGAAAUUUAAAAGGCAUUCUCAAUGAACGGCACAUAUAGAAAAGCUCAGAUUUUUUGGUUGUCGUUUUGUAAAAUCAUGCUACAAUAUGGACAAUUGGGUUUUGCAUUUGUAGAGCUGUCAUUAAAACCAGAGGACAUACCAAAUCCUCAAAAAUUCA